GAAACCAUCGCUAUCGACAUCCCAACCUCAAUUCAACUGAGAACACUUUCAUUCAAUAUCCCUAGUUACAUUCUUUACUUGAAAAUCUAAAAGAUGCAGUAUUCUACUGCCGCACUUAUUGCGUCUUCCAUGUUGGCCGCGGUCUCUGCUGCGUAUGUAUCUAUUAGAUAAUAUUUCUUUGGGGUUAACCUAACUUGUGGUAUUCCCAGCCCCCCUCCCCGACCUCUCGAACCCCGUGCCUACCCAACAUACCAGCCGAAGGACUACUACCAAGCCUAUUACCCCAACUACAACGGCUACCAAAACUACUAUCCUUACCUGGCAGCCAAGCCUCAGUACACGCACACCUACGACCGCCAGCAAGAAUAUGACGCCGCGAUAUCCGCCUCUGAAAACGAGAACGCAAAUUCAAACGAGAACCUCGCAGGGGCCAAAUCUGAGAACGCGAACGAGAAUGCCAAUCUGGCAAAGGGCGGUGAAGCCUUCGGUUUCGGCGCCCUCGAGUCCGACAAUCGCAAUCUCCUCGCCAACGAGAAUAACAUAGAGGUCGCUAACGCCAACAAGAACGAGCUCGGCGUCGAAGUGGCCAACUUCAACGCCAACGAGAAUAGCGCCCAGCAGGAGUCAGCAGCUAAAGCCGAGGUCCAGGACAAAGACAUGGUCCGCUUCGAUGACUUCUUGGAGAAUGAGAAUACCAAUGUCAAUGACAAGUAG